GCACGCAGUAUCGCCAUCUAGGAGAUUUACUUGACGUUAUUUCUUUUUAUUUCUAUAAUAGCAAGUCGGUAUGGCAGACGCAGUGGCUAAAAAACCGAAGGCUGAGAAAAAGGCCGUGAAGGAAGGUGCUCCUGCAAGUGAUAAGCCUUCUAUCAAAAAACGCCCAUUAAAAAGGCACGGCCGCUUAUAUGCCAAAGCCAUUUUCACCGGUUACAAAAGGGGUCUCCGUAACCAACGUGAAAACACCGCUUUAUUAAAUGUGGAGGGCACCUCGUCGAAAUCUGAUAGCUGGUUUUACGUAGGAAAGAAGUGUGUUUACGUUUACAAAGCUAAAAACAAGACGUGCGUUCCUGGCAAGCCCAAAUCCGUGAAAUCGAAAGUUAGGGCUAUCUGGGGCAAAGUUACCAGGCCACAUGGUACUCGCGGAGCCGUAAGAGCGAAGUUUAAGAGAAAUCUGCCUGCCAAGGCUAUGGGACACCGUAUUCGCAUUAUGUUGUAUCCAUCUAAAAUAUAAGUUAUAAGGCAUAAGAAAAAUAUGUAAAUUUGUUUUUUCAAUAAAACAGUUAUUGAACUUUU